CCCGGGACGUGGCAUCGGUCACGCAGCCCGGUGCCCUCCUCACCUGUGCCCAGGUGUGGCUCUGGCGGCUCUUCAUUUGUCGGCAGCCCUCUGCGGAGGGGAUUUAUCGCCGAUAAGGCCGGAUCGAUGCCUCGGGACGAUCCCCGCCGCACGUACCGCGGCUGCCCGAGCAGAGUCCGGAGCCUCCCGUGCUCCAUGGCAUCAAAAGCGGCUUUAAUUAAGCACCGAGGGCUGCCGCAGCCUUUGAGGUGCCUCGGAAACUCUGCUCUGGGCGGAGAGGAGGCACGGAGGGGACAACCCUUAAAUAGGGAGGGCUCAGCCCUGCGGAGCCAGCGGGACGCUGCCCCGGGGAGCGGAGGGUGCUGCGAGGAGCCAUGCCCACCAAAUCCAUCCCUGCCUGCGAGCUGGCCAAUGUGUCCGGCGUAAAGCGGUUCCCAGAGCAGACGAAGAGCUCCAGCAUGGGGAGCUCGGACGUGGAGAGGAAGGAGUCCUACGAGGAUGUCUCUGGGGAGCCCGGGGGUCUCGUCAGCACCAUCUCCAGCAGCAGGAGCCCCCUGCAGCCCCCCGACGCCGACGACGGGGAGCCCUUCACCACCUACUUCGACAGCAAGAUCCCCAUCCCGGAGGAUGACGGGCAUUCCUGCUUCAGCUUCCGCAAGCUGUGGGCGUUCACGGGGCCGGGCUUCCUGAUGAGCAUCGCCUACCUGGACCCCGGCAACAUCGAGUCCGACCUGCAGUCCGGGGCUGUGGCGGGGUUCAAGCUGCUGUGGGUGCUGCUGCUGGCCACCGUCAUCGGGCUGCUGCUGCAGCGGCUGGCGGCGCGGCUGGGCGUGGUCACCGGGCUGCACCUGGCAGAGGUGUGCCACCGCCAGUACCAGAAGUUCCCUCGCAUCAUCCUGUGGCUGAUGGUGGAACUGGCCAUCAUCGGCUCCGACAUGCAGGAGGUCAUCGGCUCCGCCAUCGCCAUCAACCUGCUCUCCGUGGGGAAGAUCCCGCUCUGGGGGGGAGUGCUCAUCACCAUCGCCGACACCUUCGUCUUCCUCUUCCUGGACAAAUACGGCCUGAGGAAGCUGGAGGCGUUUUUUGGGCUCCUCAUCACCAUCAUGGCUCUGACUUUUGGAUAUGAGUACGUCACGGUGAAGCCCAGCCAGAAGAAGCUGCUGCAGGGGCUCUUCGUCCCUUACUGCGGGGGCUGCGGCACGCCGCAGCUGGAGCAGGCCGUGGGCAUCGUGGGCGCCGUCAUCAUGCCCCACAACAUGUACCUGCACUCCGCCCUGGUCAAGUCCCGGCAGGUGAACCGUGCCGACAAGCGCGAGGUGCGAGAGGCCAACAAGUAUUUCUUCAUCGAGUCGUGCAUCGCGCUCUUCGUCUCCUUCAUCAUCAACAUCUUCGUGGUGACCGUCUUCGCCGAGGCCUUCUACAACAAGAGCAACGCCAACGUGAGCCAGGUCUGUGCCAACUCCAGCAUCCCGCACUCCGCGGUCUUCCCCAACACCACCGACGCUCUGGAGGUGGACAUCUACAAGGGGGGCGUGGUCCUGGGCUGUUACUUCGGCCCCGCUGCUCUCUACAUCUGGGCCAUCGGGAUCCUGGCGGCCGGGCAGAGCUCCACCAUGACGGGCACCUACUCGGGCCAGUUCGUCAUGGAGGGUUUCCUGAACCUGCGCUGGUCGCGCUUCGCCCGGGUGCUGCUGACGCGCUCCAUCGCCAUCACGCCCACGCUCUUCGUGGCCAUCUUCCAGGACGUGGAGCACCUGACGGGCAUGAACGACUUCCUCAACGUCCUCAUGAGCCUCCAGCUGCCCUUCGCGCUGAUCCCGGUGCUCACCUUCACCAGCCUGCCCGGCGUCAUGCACGACUUCGCCAACGGCCUGUUCUGGAAGGUGGCCGGGGGUCUCCUCAUCCUGCUCAUCUGCUGCAUCAACAUGUACUUCGUGGUGGCCUACGUCAUGGCGCUGCGCAGCCUGGCGCUCUACGUGGGCGCCGCCGUGCUCAGCCUCAUCUACCUGGCCUUCGUGGCCUACCUGACCUGGCUGUGCCUCAUCGCCCUGGGCGCCUCCUUCCUGGCCUGCGGCAGCACGGGCCGCCUGGGCUUCGCCGCCCGCCCGGAGCUUUUCCUCCUCGGCCACGUCGAUUCCGAGCCGUCCGUCACCAGGUGACCCCAGGAGCGGAGCCCCCCGGGACCCCCCUGGAACGGAGCCCCCUGGAACGGAGCCCUGGGACCCCCUGGAACGGAGCCCUGGGACCCCCUGGAACAGAGCCCUGGGACCCUCUGGAAUGGAGCCCCCCUGGAAC